AUGACGACUAUGCAGUGCCAGAAUCAGACACCAACUGAAGUCGUUCGUCCUCUUGGCAAUUAUCACCCUGACCUCUGGGGCGAUCGCUUCCUCAACUAUUCUCCUCCUGAUAAGGUUACCCAAACCAAAAUGGAGAACGAUGCUGCUGAACUGAAAGAGCUAGUGCGAAAAGAACUGUUGGUUGAUGAUAAGGACCCAAAAGAAAGGCUUAUCUUCUUAGAUGUUAUUCAUCGACUUGGAAUAGCUUACCAUUUUGAAACUGAAAUUGACGAUACUUUCCACAACUUUCACAACAAAAUCUACGAUGAUAGUAGCUAUGAAGACGAUCUUUACUAUGUUUCUCUACGCUUUCGUCUCUUACGACAACAUGGCCUGUUUGUCUCAACUGAUGUGUUUGAGAAAUUCAAAAGUGAAGAUGGGAGCUUUAACAAGUGUUUAGACGUAAGUGAUGUGCAUGGAAUAUUGAGUUUGUAUGAAGCAUCAUAUCUCAAAGUGCAUGGAGAAAACGCACUCGAUGAAACGCUUGCUUUUGCAAAAGCUUAUCUAACCUCUGUUGAUACAACACAAUUAAGUUCACCCAUUGCCAAACACAUUGCCCGUUCAUUGAAACUACCACUUCAUAGACGCAGCUUAAGGCUUGAAUCUAGGCAUCAAAUCUCUUUUUAUGAAGCUAAGUCUUCCCACAAUGAAAACUUACUCAAAUUUGCCAAGUUGGAUUUUAACUUGCUCCAAAUAUUACACAACACUGAGCUCAAUGAGAUUACCAGGUGGUGGAGGAAUUCAGAAAUUGUCAAGAAUUUACCGUUCGUGCGUGACAGAAUUGUUGAGGCUUACUUCUGGAUUUUGGGCGUGUACCACGAGCCUAAAUACUCGUACGCUAGAAUGAUACUGAACAAGUUUUUCAAGAUCAUUUCUAUCUUAGAUGACAUCUAUGAUUCUUAUGGAACCAUUGACGAGUUACAACCCUUCACCGAUGCCAUUCUAAGGAAUGAGAAAAGCUGCAUUGAUCAACUUCCUUAUUACUUGAAAGUGACUUAUCAAGUUAUCCAAGACACAUUUGAAGAAGUUGAGAAGGAUUUGGACUUGGAGCACAAAUCAUAUGCUGUUAAUUAUGUCUAUGAACUCAUGAAAGUUGGGUGCGAUUCCUACCUAGAAGAAGCGAAAUGGCGUCAUGAAGAAUUUGUUCCGAGCUUUGAUGAGUACAUGAGAAAUGGCGUUUUCAGCUCAGGUUAUUUGUACAUCGCAGCUGCAGCCUAUCUAGGCAUGGGUGAGGAUGCAACUAAAGCUGCAUUUGAUUGGGUCAAUGAAAACACCAAAGUUCUUAAAGCUUCUUGCAUAGUUGGGCGUCUCAUAAAUGACAUUAGCAGCCAUAAGAUUGAGAUCAAUAGAGGACAUGUAUCGACAGCAUUAAACAGCCACAUGGGUCAGUUUGGUACGUCGAUGGAAGAAGCUAUAGAGGUGCUUCGUUCAAAGAUAGAGGAAGCAUGGAUGGACAUUAACGAAUCAAUUCUUGGGCCUAAACCAGUUGCAGUCACUUUACUGACUCGGGCUGUGAACCUAACAAGGGUUUUGUAUGAUGUUUAUCAUGAUGAUGAAGAUGGUUAUACCAUGAGCCAGUUUAUCAAAGAAGAAGUUACAACUAUUCUCAUUCAACCCAUCGUCAUCGAUUAAUUAAUUAAAUCACAGCUUGUUAAUUAGUGGUUUCGAGCUAUGUACUCUGUUUGUUAGCUUUAUGUUUAAGUUUAAUUAAGACUGUUUUUCGGAAGUUGAAUAAAUCUAGCUGGGUUGGACUCGACUCUCGAGAGCUAGCUAAUGUGGUUUCGAUCUAUGUAC